AACAGCGUUAACGUUAAACCCCUCCUUCCCUUCCUCCCCAUCAACAUUACCCACCCCACCUCUCUCGCAGUCCCCUCGGUCCGUCUCUGCCUCCUCGUCUCCUCGCGCGCGGGCCGAGCUGAUGGCGAACAUCCUCAAGAAGGUAUCGUGGUCGAGCAAGGACGACGACGGCGAGGUGAACGAGGGGACGUCGCUGGUCGGCUCUCGACGGGGGAGUGGCGCCUCGGCCGCCGGGAAACGCAACUCCAGGUCGCGCUUUUUGUCUUCGAGCGGAUUUAGAACCGUGGAUCUCACUGAUGGAGACGGCAUUUCAGAAGAGGUGCUGGAAUCGCAGGAGGUGUUCACCUCCCCCAGGCCCAAGGAGAUCCCUCACAGUGAGAACCUCCUCUCGCAAAAAUACGAGAGCCUUGACUAUGACAACUGUGAAAAUCAGCUUUUUCUGGAAGAAGAACACAACUUAGGUGUCCAACGUGCUAAGUUUAUGGAGGCCGGCCGCUGGACGGUGUGCAUGGCGAUCGGCAUCCUGACAGCUCUCGUAGCCUGUGUCAUUGACAUUGCCAUCGAGCAGCUUGCAGGACUAAAAUACCAAAUCCUCAAACAGUACAUUGACACAUUUACAGCAGACGGAGGCCUGUCUGUCUCCAUGGUGAUUUGGGCAGCAAUGAAUGCUGUGAUUGUAAUGGUGGGCUCUAUCUUGGUUGCUUUUGGAGAGCCCGUGGCAGCAGGGAGUGGCAUCCCUCAAAUCAAAUGCUACCUCAAUGGAGUGAAGAUCCCACAUGUGGUCAGACUAAAGACACUGGUGGUGAAAGUCCUAGGAGUCAUCUGCUCUGUGGCUGGGGGUCUUGCUGUUGGUAAGGAAGGGCCAAUGAUCCACUCGGGUGCCGUGAUAGCAGCAGGGGUCUCUCAGGGUCGCUCCACAACAUUGAAGAAGGACUUCAAGGUCUUGGAGUACUUUCGACGAGAUACAGAGAAACGGGACUUUGUAUCGGCUGGUGCAGCUGCUGGAGUGUCAGCUGCUUUUGGCGCGCCCGUGGGUGGUGUUCUCUUCAGUCUGGAAGAGGGGGCUUCCUUCUGGAAUCAAUACCUCACCUGGAGAAUUUUCUUUGCCUCGGUCAUAUCCACGUUCACGCUGAACUUUGUCUUGAGUUGGUACCAUAACCACCUGGGCGAGCUGUCCUACCCUGGUCUCAUCAACUUUGGAGCAUUCGAAUCCACGGGCAUUGCGUACUACAUUUAUGAAAUUCCCUUAUUUCUGAUCAUGGGUGUCUUUGGAGGUCUUUUGGGAGCCUUGUUCAAUUUCCUCAACUAUUGGCUGACAGUUCUCAGGAUCCGGUACAUUCAUCGGCCUGCGCAGCAGGUGUUGGAGGCCAUGCUGGUGGCAACCGUCACAGCCGUUGUCUCCUUCACCAUGAUAUACUUCUCCAACGACUGCCAGCCUCUUGGCGAGGACAAGAGCGCGGACUACACCUUGCAGUUAUUCUGCAAUGACGGGGAGUACAACUCAAUGGCGACGACCUUCUUCAACACCCCAGAGAAAAGCGUCCGUAGCCUGUUCCACGACCCCCCUGGCACAUACAACCCAGUGACUCUGGGCCUUUUCUGCCUGAGCUACUUCCUGGUGGCAUGCUGGACGUACGGCCUCGCCGUGUCCAGUGGCGUGUUCAUCCCCUCACUGCUGCUGGGUGCAGCGUGGGGCCGUCUCUUUGGCAUCUUCCUGUCCUAUAUGAGCAAAGGCGCAUGGGCUGACCCGGGGAAGUAUGCCCUCAUGGGAGCUGCUGCACAGCUGGGUGGCAUUGUGCGGAUGACCCUGAGCCUCACUGUCAUCCUGGUGGAGGCGACGGGGAACGUGAGCUACGGUCUGCCCAUCAUGCUCGUGCUCAUGAUGGCCAAGUGGGUCGGGGACUUCUGCUUUGAGGGUUUGUACGACAUCCAUAUCAAGUUACAGAGUGUGCCGUUCAUGGGCUGGGAGCCACCCGCAACAUCUCACAGCCUCACGGCGAGCGAGGUGAUGAGUCACCCGGUGGUCUGUUUCAAGCGCUUUGAGCAAGUGGGCCGCAUCGUGGACAUCCUCAGCGACAACACGGCAAACCACAAUGGCUUCCCCAUAGUGGAGGAGGGAGAAGACGUGGUCAACGUCAACGAGCAGGGGGACGCAGAUGAUUUUGGGAAGCUGCGUGGGCUCAUGCUGCGUUCUCAGCUGAUUGUGCUUUUAAAACACAAGGCCUUCAUGGAGCGGAGUGACGUGGGCGAGCCGAGGCACCGGCUGACGCUGAAGGACUUCCGGGACGCGUACCCGCGCUUUCCACCCAUUCAGUCGAUACACGUGUCGGAAGAGGAGCGCGAGUGCACCGUCGACCUCUCGAGCUACAUGAACCCCACACCGUACACCGUACCACAGGAGGCGUCGCUGCACAGGAUUUUCAAGCUGUUCCGCGCGCUCGGGCUCCGCCACCUGGUGGUUUGCAACGGCGACAACAGGGUAAUUGGGCUGGUGACCCGCAAGGAUCUGGCACGGUACCGCUAUCACAAAGGGGGCCUGGAGGAGGUGCCGCUUACGCAGACGUGAUGGUGCGGAGAGAUUGGCCUUCAUUGGCUUCGUUGCUUUCAGGGCCAAAGGCAUCAUUGGUUCAAUGGCAGGAGGACAAGCUGGCAAAUGUAGCGCGUGUUUACAAUUGUACGUCGAAUAGUGGAUGCUGUGUGUGUGUAUGUGUGAAUACCCGCGUGAGUAAAUAUAAUAUACAGAUCGAGCGUAUGCUUUUUCUAUAAUGAAAGUGUUGUUUAUGUUGGUACAAAUGCAACAUUUUUCCAGUGGGGGGCCACUAACAUUUAAAAGCCUGAUGCGCUCAGGACUGCAUCCUUAAUUGCUUAAGUUUGUGGUCUUAGGUCACACGUGGGAGAACUUUAUAUUCAGGCUUUAAUUACCACUCUCUUCACAAGUAACCUGUUUCACUGUACACUGGUUGAAUUCACAUUUCUUACCUAAAGCUAGUAGGUAAUAGGCACUCCAAAUGCGAAUUUGACUUUCCUACCACUAGGGCAGGGGUCGGCAACGUGCGGCUCUGGAGUGGCAUGCGGCUCUUUAAGGAUGCUACGUGACUUUAUUUAUUAAGGACCGUUUCGUAUUCACAUGCAUUGCGGCUCUGGAAAUAUUGAGUUCUUUACUAAAUUCGAAAAAAUGCCUUUUCUCGUUAUUUCGAUUGCCAACCUUCUGAUCUAUGGGGUGUUUAUAUUGCUUGAAAUUUCUUGCUAAAAGAGCAAUGCUUCUUUCAGAGCAUUGAGUAUUAAUAGAUCCUACAAAAUUGCAAACCUUAACACUCGCCGCUCUAUCCUGUACUUUGAUUGUGAUUUCCACGUAAUAUUUUUUUUUGAACCACUUAACAUUCAUAUGUGGUUGUUUUUUUACUUGCCACUCCUGACCAAAUCACCUGGAAUGCGCCAGAUCCGGAAGCUAGGCAUGGUUGAUCCUGGAUAGUGCUUGGAUGGCCGGCUACCAUGCCGAAAACAGGGCUUAUAGGCUGCUGCAGGGCUACUGUGUUUGCAGCUAGCAGCGUAGGAAUAUUUCGUUUUGUAUUUUUUUCCAAGAUGCUCCAGCAUUUAUGCUCGAGCCUUCACCAACCCACGUUUACCAGCGUGGUGGAGUUUGAUUAGACAACCCAUGGGGUGGGGGGGGGCCCUUAUCCAUCAGUGUAUUGACAUAAGGGUUGUACAUUUGUUUUUCUUGCCAGGGGUCUUGCACAACGAACUUUGUGGCACUGUGACCACUGUGUUCACUAAAGUGAAGUGGCAGCAAGUGGCCCCAACACUGACUGGGGAAUGCUGUAUAAUCAACACUUCUUACAAAUGUGCUGCAGUAGCAUUUGUUUGUACUUCAAGAGUUAAUUGCACAGUGGCUUGGCUCUGUAUCAAGCUAUGAAGAUGGCUACCUUUUCCAUAUGUUGCUGCUUUAUUUUUUAUCCCAAUUUUGAGAUUGCCUGCUCCUGAAAUGAGAGCGGGGGUGGUGGGGGGGGGGUAUAGACAUGAUACGAGAACUUCGCCUGUCACUGCAAGCUGUGUGAAUUGAUUUCACGGCGUAAUUUACUCGCCUGUUUUAUCUGGAAUAUAUAUUUAUGUAAGUGUAUAUUGCACAGUGCAUACAAUGAAGGUACAUUUUAAAUUAAAUACGAAGUAAUUAUACAAAGCAGCCCCUAGCAGUAAAUUGUGAAUGCAAUUGGUAAAUAAAUGAGGAUUUAGAAAUACACCUGGAAAAAUAUUUAGCCACAAUGUAAUGUACUACAGGGACUCCUCUAUUUAUGAAUGAGUUAGGUUCCAGAGGUAUGUGUGUAAGUCGAUUUGUUCGUAAGUCCAACUUUACUCCUGUCGAUUCCAAACAUGUUGUACGGCGUGUACACUAAACACGGGGAAUGGCUUUAAAAGUUGUAUAAUCUGUAGAUGUCGAUGCCACUGGUUCUUGAUCUGCAGAUGCCACCGCCGCUAUCUAUUGCGCAGUGGUUGAACUUACGACUCUAACUCUGAACCGGAAACUGGACAUAUGGACAGCUUUGUUCGUAUCUUUGAAAGUUCUUAAGACGAAUGUUCGUAAGUAGAGGAGUAUAUUCUCAUAAUGGGUGCUGCUGUGGAGUAAUGGGUUGCGCAUUGAUCUCCCGUUGCGGGAGUUGAAACGAUGGGGCACAUUUAUUAAAUCCCCCGCCGCAGCAUAAAUUGGUACACAGUCUAUCGGCAGGUGGCAUGUUUGUGGGGUAAAGUGUGGGGGCUCCCACCUUAUCCACUAUGUCUGGCCAGCGUGGGAGAGUUGGGCUGUCUAGAGCUACCUUUAGUGGACGCUGUUCCGCCGUGAGUAAGCAAUUGCACGGCUGCACCUCCACCUUAAUCUAAGUGUGUUCUCACUUUUUUUUUUAUCCAGCCUGCGAUAACGUGCCAACACCUUUCAUAAUGUGCCCUGCUAAAUGGGCUGGUUUCCUUGCACAAAGUGCUAAGAGGCACUUUUCUUUUGCUGUGCUUGCGCGCGUUUGACCGUAACACUGUGCUCCUGCGUGCGCGCGCCCACGUGUGAAUUGUGUGUGUACCCGUCUCCGUCACAAUACAGGAAGGUGAACUUUUAGUCUCACUCGGAUUCACAGGCGGAAUCAGCGAAGCAGGUGGCUGGAUGCAGUUGUGUUUUGGUUGUUAUUGUGCUCUGGCACAGUCGCGUACAAGUUUGAUGUUACACAGCGUCUGCUUAAUACUCGGGUAAUAAAACAAAAAACGUUAAAUUGGUGUCCCGCUAAAGUCAUUUGUCAUCUCCAUCAAAUGACUAAAAUAAUUUGCUGUCAACCAGGAGCACGUUCUUACAAAUGAAUGCUGAUGCGUGUUAUGCCCAUGAGGGAUGGGAAUGUAACGCGAUGGCCAGGGGAAUGUAAGAAGGUGUUGAAAGGUCGUGAAAGGUUAUUUAUUUUAACAAAUGGAUGUAUGGUGUCAGGUGUAUGUAGCAACGUAUAAGUAACUGGAAUGAGUGUGUUUGGCUUUAGAAAAUUAAGAUGUAACGUUUUACCAGAUGCCAUAGUUGCUAUGCUAUUUCAUAUGCCUCAAGGCUCUUUCGGGUGUCAUCCGUUGCAUACCAGACCACUUUUUUCCAGGAAGGUGUUAAAUGAAGUCUUAUGAAUGAAUAUGAAAGCCUGGACACCAACGCAGUCAAAAAAAUAAUUCAUUUAAAAUAGCCGACAUGUCUAGCCUCUUGGCAUUUUGGGUCUGCGCACAGCGACUGUAAUUUAAAAAAAUGGCCCCAGCAGCCCAUAUGACUAAAUGGAUCGUCUUUGUGGCACACGUGCUGGUAUUUGUGUGUGCGGUGUUAAGAUUGGCCUCUGGAGAAGGCUCGUGAAGAACGCUACUGGGCAGUUAAGAGGCAACAACGGAGGGCAGAGGAUUGACGCUCACAACUACGAGCAGAGAGCCGGGCAGAUAAAAUAUAGCAAGUUGGCACAGUAGGGGGUAUAGCUGGUGCAUCUACCAGUCACCUCAGUCAGCCAAACCACGUCACCUGGGUCUGUCCCGAGACCUGUCUGCGAGCCUUCAACACUUUACGUGGCCUCAAAUUGCACCUGGCCUGUCACAGGCUGUGGUGAUGUCACCGUCACUUUUGGUAUAAAAUAGCCAUGUGUUUGACCAGCAGUGGCCCCCAAAAAUGUUUCUAAAUGUGUCAGGGGGCUGGCAGCGCAAUGCAGUGCUGCGAGUGCUCUAUCGAAGUGCGUGGCAAGGGCAUGAUGUGCCCAGCCAUGUCCUUAUCUCAUGCACACUCGACGUUUGUGCUGCAAUCAACCUUUAAAGAUAUGUCCGUGACACCUUGUAUGUAAAUUUGGACUGAACUAAAUAUAACUGAUAUCAUUACAACAAAGUUAUGCAAUGCAUUGUGACAUAAGCUUGCAAAACUCCAGUCCUCCAUCCUGAGCCCACAUUGUUGGGGCUUGUGCAGCAUUGCCCGUGCAUAGCCCAUAUUUCACGAUCAUCGCUCUUUGUCUCAACAUUUAGCCUUCGUCAAAGUGGCGUAGGGUGCAUAUCAUGGGUCCUGAUGCAAGGAGUCGUGUAAUUACCAGCGAAACGUCGUACUUAAAUUGUAAAUGUUUUGGAUUUACUCUCCAACUCACCAGUGGGCGGGAGUAGUAACUAAUUGCCACGUGUGUUUGCGUGACAAACCUUACUGGCUGUGUCGGGUGGUGGAGGGUUAUGACACAUUUAUACUUACGCGAUCUAAACCAAAAACCAUACGAGUGAUAUUAAUACCUCCCCCUCCUAUGAAAUAUCCCACCAUGUUCAUAAUUCAGCGCCUGGAUCCCUCCAGCCCAUGGGCCCCGGUCUAGUUGCACCACCGACAGUACACACUUGGUAGCUAUGCCACUACUCUGUAAGCCACGUGGGUGACUGGCCUUGUGCAGAGCGUUACACGUGUUGGGCCCCUCACGGCACGUUUUAGGGCUAAUGGAACCAAGACCACAGGGCCCAAACAAAUGUUAUGAGUGCAUGCCGGAAUACUGUGGCGCCGCCUUUUGAAUCUCAGCUUGUGUAAUGGUACAGAAACGCGCUCUUAGUGGAAUAAAUUAAAUAUGAAUUUUG